AUGUCGAUCCCGUUCGUCGCGAAGUCGCACUCGUUCUGGCCGACCGCUAUACUGCAAACGUCGGUCCCAAAGGGUCUCGGCCAAGCGCCGUUCGCAAUCUGUCAGAGGUCAGACGUGUUUCGUCGUCUUCCACUCGCUGAAGGCUGUAAUCGGCUACUGGGCCCAUCUCAUGGGUAUUCAGGACGACAAAAAACAAAAACGGUGCUUGUGUGCAGACAGGCACGGAGAAGUUUCACUGUUGGUGUGGUGAUUGACACGUCUGUAAUUCCCGGGAAGCCCCGGUGA